UCUCCCUAACUCUCUCUCUCUCUAUCUCUCUCUCUCAUUCCCCAGCUGCCCUGCUUCUCUCGCUCUCAUUCUUGCAUUCACGCUCGCACAGCUCGAAACAUGGCAGACGCGUUUGUUGGCACAUGGAACCUGAAGGAGAGCAAGAAUUUUGAUGAUUACAUGAGAGCUCUAGGGGUUGGCUUUGCCACUCGUCAGGUUGGCAGCAUGACCAAACCCACCACCAUUAUUUCAAAGGAUGGUGAUGUCAUCACACUAAAAACCGUCAGCACCUUCAAAACCACGGAGAUCAAUUUCAAACUAGGCGAAGAGUUUGAUGAGACUACCGCAGAUGACCGCAAAGUCAAGUCGUUGGUGACUCUGGAGGGGGGUAAACUGGUUCACAUCCAGAAAUGGGACGGAAAGGAGACCUCACUGGUCAGAGAGGUGGAUGGGAACAACCUGCUUCUGACGCUCACACUCGGCGAAGUCGUCUGCACGCGAUCCUACGUGAAGGCGGAGUAACAGUGUCCAUUCCAGAUCCGCCCCACGUCCCUGCCCCCCCCCCCCCCCCCCGACUCAGAACGAGGCUCCUCGUCGGUCAGAAGCAUUUCCUACGGGUGUCAACUGUUACGUCCUUCUCUUUGUACUGCUCUACAAUGAACAAUAAAUUCGCUGCUUUAUAUCACUGAA